UGCUAAGUGAUUGUUAUUGGGCCACAUACGAUCGGGGAGUUCGGUUUAUUGGGCUGAGUCAUGUUCUCUUCGGGCAUCCAACUCCCAGGAACUCUUGAGUGAGAUACCGCAUUCAAAAGAGAGGUCCGAGGGGAAAAUUGCAGAGAAGAGAGAUGGCAGCAGCGUCGUUUAGGUGGAUACUGCAACUACACAAAGACGUCCCAAGAGCAGCCCGCUUCUACUCGGAGGGGCUUGACUUUACUGUCAAUGUCUGCACUCUUCGUUGGGCCGAACUUCAGUCUGGUCCCCUCAAGCUCGCCCUCAUGCAAUCACCCAGUGACCAUGUCACGCAGAAGGGAUAUUCAUCUUUACUGUCGUUCACAGUGACAGACAUUAAUAGUACAGUCACAAAAUUAAUGGCACUUGGAGCUGAGCUAGAUGGUCCCAUCAAAUAUGAGAUCCAUGGAAAGGUUGCAGCCAUGCGUUGUAUUGAUGGUCAUGUGUUAGGACUCCAUGAACCUGCAUAGCUAACGCAGUCUGCUGACAGCUUUUCUAUUGGACUAUCUUGAAAUCUUCUGAGGACAUAGAGAAGGCAUGAGAAACUUUUCCUUUCUUCGGAUUUCCUUCAAUUAUUGUUAGUGUUUGUUCGUCCAGAUUGAUUACUGCCGUGCAUAAUGUGUAGAGUGUUGGACCUGAAAAUAAGGUCUUAUACAGUAAGCAAGAUAAUAUUGACGAGAGGCUGUUGAAAUUAUCUGUCAUAUUACCUAUCAUGUAGAUCGGAUAUUUUGGGUGACCAGUAUCUCCAAGAAGUGAUAGGAAAUCUUCCUUUGAUCC